AUGGCUAACCCGAUGGAUAACUACCUGGACUAUUCCACCGGCCGAGAUGAUUCUCACGACCCGAGAGAUAGUGUGCCAGGACACUUGCACCCCUCUCUCGCCUCCGCAGACUCCUCUCUCAUGGCCUUCCCAAACCCAGACAGCUUUGCCUUUGGAGCCAUGCUACCAGAUGACGAUAGCGAACUCCCCCUCCAGGCCUUCAACCGUCCUCAUGGUGCCCAGAGUGACCUGGAAGGACGUCUCUCCAAUGUCAUGCUAGCCUACGAGUCUAUCCCGAGUACUGUUUCGAUGCCGAUGAGCCUCGACGCGAGUGGCGCGUUCUCAUACGACAUCCCGACAACCUACCCCGCGACGACGAUGGGACUUUCACCCUCGAUAGACCACCAACGACAACUCCAACAAGCCUACGCCCAGUUUCCCCAGCCCGUGCACCAGUCGAAUCAAUACCUUCAACAACCUCAACAACCGCCCGCGCCUUCUUCUCGCAAGGAUCCUUAUAAUAGCACCACCACCACUGCUACCGCCACCAACUCGACUGGCAAUUUUGACGACUCUGACUUGUCGCGAGGCAGCGAUCCAUCCCAGGCGCGUCAACAACGGCCUCUCCAGGAGCGCCAACGAUACCCGCAGUAUAAUCAGCCCGCCCAGUCCGCUCAGCCCGCUCAGCCCGCUCAGCCUGUUCCUUACCGCGCGUCGCAGCCGGUGGCGAUUCAGCCUAAGCAGUCAACACAGAUCAAAGCCUGCCCCGUACCUCAAGACGACUACCAAUCACCAGGGCUGGCCACGCCCGACGCUGCUAAAAAUGAACAUACCGGCAUUUAUUCGAGCAGCGGCUUUGACAUUCUAGGAGUCCUCAGUCGAGUUUCUGUACGCCCGAACCCUCAAAUCAACAUCGGUGCUGUCGAUCUCUCCUGUGCCUUUGUGCUCUGCGAUAUCACACGACAAGACCACCCCAUUGUUUAUGUCUCCGACGCCUUCGAGCGGCUCACUGGCUACUCCAGAGACGAGAUUGUGGAUCGCAACUGCAGGUUCUUGCAAGGACCUGAUGGCAAAGUCGAAGCUGGUGCCAAGCGAACUUUUGUUGAUGGACAGACCGUACAUCGUCUACGGUCAACUAUUCGUGAACGCACAGAGAUCCAGGCUAGUAUUAUCAACUAUCGCAAAGGUGGACAACCAUUCAUGAAUCUGAUCACGAUGAUCCCCAUUCGAUGGGACUCGGAUGAGUAUCGGUUUUACGUUGGCUUCCAGGUAGAUCUGGUAGAGAAACCAGACGCCAUCACAAGAAGGAAUCCAGACGGUAACUACACUAUCAACUACCGGCGAGAUCAACUUCCUCAAUACAUUGUACCUCCACCUGAUGUUUACCGACUCCGGCCCGAUCUCCUUACCCAGUUCGGACAUGAACAGGUUACCGCCAUCCUGAAUGCAGCUGGCGUUCCUGGAUCUGGAGUUUCACGAAACUAUCUGGAUCGCAUUCUGGUCGAGAACACCGACGAUGUGAUCCAUGUGUUAUCUUUCAACGGCGAAUUCCUAUACCUCUCCCCAUCUUGCAACAAAAUCCUUCAAUACGAACCAGUCGAACUGGUCGGCAAGACGCUAUCAACCAUCUGCCACCCAAGUGAUAUUGGCCCUGUGAGUCGUGACUUGCGCGCCAGCACCACUCCAGCACCCAUCAGCGUCGUCUACCGCAUUCGUCAGAAAUAUAAAGGCUAUAUGUGGUUUGAAAGUCACGGUGCCUGGCACAUUGAUCCCCAGCAAGGUAGAAAGUACCUCGUCAUGACCGGUCGCCCGAGACCCGUCUACGCGCUGGACCAGAUUGCCCAGUUAGGCACAUCGGCCGCACUAGCCGAGAAUGACGUCUGGGCAAAGGUGUCUUUAUCUGGCGUUAUCCUAUUCAUGACUACUAAGUCGAAGCCAGUAUUGGGACGUCCACCAGAUGACUUUAUUGGCAAGGGCCUGCAUGAACUCAUGGAACCCGAGGGCGGACCGAAUGCGAUAUCAGAUGCAUUGGAAGCUGCAGCCAACGGCACAGGCCACGAAAACGACGACGAGAACAACAGCGGUAGCGACAAAAACCUCGAACCCCCUUCUUUCAGACACCACAUGCGACACAAAAAGGGCCACUCGCUCUCAGCACACACAACAAUCUACUCCGGAGACUCAAGCCGAACAGUCCGCCCAACAUUCCUAGUUAUCCAAAUCCGAUUCGCACGAGCAUUCCCACCCUCUCCCACAGCCCUAGACGCAGCCGCAGAUGACAGUCUCGCAAACGUCCCGGGCUCAUCAAAAACAACCACACUAAGCUUCAAAGACGCAAACCCACCCCGCCAAUACGGAACCCUAGGCCAACGAAUCCCAGACCUCUCGUCCAUGGUCGGUCUCAACGGGCUUCCAACCGGUAACCGCAGUAUCUCACCAUCUGACGCGCCAGCCACGUUCUUCACAGAGCUCAAUCCAACCCGCGGCUCAAGCUGGCAGAUUGAACUCCGUGAGUUGGAAAAGCAGAAUCGGACACUUGCCGAGGAACUGCAACGGCUUAUCAGUCGAAAGAAGAAGCGCAAACGUAAGCAGAGCGCUAUCUCGGUUGAAAAGGCUUGUUCGAUGUGCAGUACAAAGAACACACCCGAAUGGCGCCGCGGACCGAGCGGUAAUCGCGAUCUCUGCAAUAGUUGCGGACUACGGUGGGCGAAACAAGUUCGCAGCCAGACCCAGACUACUGCUGCUGCGGCUACGGCGACAGUGCCGGCGACUACAGUGGCUUGA